UUCCCACAAUGCAACUAAGCAACAAAUACGCAUGCGCGUUGAUGUUCUAAAUGAAGAAAACACAAGAUGAGCUCGAAAAUUCCUCGAAAAGCGCUGGCCAUUCAAGCACGCAAAAAGCGCUCAAAGGCUAAACCACGAGUUAAGCACGAUGACAAAAAACGAACGUCAAAUGAUACCAAGAAGCAUCAUGAGCCACGAUAUGAUGAAGAGGAAGAAGAUGAAGAAGAAAUUCUUGGUUCAGAUGAUGAUGAACAAGAAGAUCCCCGUGACUAUUGUAAAGGAGGCUACCAUCCAGUAAAGAUUGGAGACUUGCUCAACAAUCGUUAUCACAUAGUGCGAAAACUAGGAUGGGGACAUUUUUCUACAGUUUGGCUAAGUUGGGAUCUUCAAUGCAAACGUUUUGUUGCUCUCAAAGUGGUAAAAAGUGCACAACACUACACUGAGACUGCCUUAGAUGAGAUCAAGCUUCUCAAAUGCGUUCGUGAGGCAGAUGAAUUGGACCCUCACAGAGAAAAGGCUGUUCAGUUACUUGAUGACUUCAAAAUCUCUGGAGUGAAUGGAACCCAUGUAUGCAUGGUUUUUGAGGUUUUAGGUAAUAACCUUCUGAAAUUGAUCAUUCGUUCUAAUUACCAGGGUAUUCCUUUGCAUAAUGUUAAGCUUAUUAUAAAGCAGGUUUUAGAAGGGUUAGACUACCUGCAUACAAAAUGUAAAAUAAUUCACACUGACAUAAAGCCUGAAAAUAUUCUUAUGUGUGUUGAUGAAUCACAUAUAAGAAAACUAGCAGCAGAUGCAAUUGAAUUUCAGAGGAUGGGACUCAAAUUACCCGGUUCUGCAGUGAGCACUGCCCCUAAAGAAAAACCCGUGGAUAUUUCAAAAAUGUCAAAAAAUAAGAAAAAAAAGAUGAAAAAGAAACAAAAAAAGCAGGAACAGCUAAUACAAAUGCAAAUGAAACAAUUGGAAGAAUUAGAUAGAGAGAAAGGAAGUGACAAGAGACCGGACAGCCAAAAUGCCCAAAUGAUAAACAGCAUUAGUGCUAAUAGUUUACAAAAUAUGGAGGCAGAAACAAGCAGCAACAGUAGCAAAAGUAUCUUGUCCAACAAUGCAGGAGGUGGUGAUGACCACAGAACUAAAUUAACAAAUGGUCAGAGAAAAUCUUCUGUUGUAGAAGGAGAAAAUAAUAAUGCAAUAGUUACAGGAAACAACUUACAAACCAGUGACCAGUCAAAUUCAGAAUCUAAGGAGAACAAGAGAAAUGAAAAUGCAGUGAACAUGGAAAGUAACAUAUCACCCUCAAACUUGAGUGACAUAACUUUAAUCACAGAGCAAGAAGAGGAAUCCUCACUCCUAAACAGAUCCUCUGGUUCUGAGAGUCAGUCUGCAGCUAUUGCCAGGCUAAAUGUCACUGGUGAAACAGAUACAAACCAGAUGGCUUAUAUCAAUAACAACAGUCCUACACAGAAUAACACAGACAAUAAAACCAGCAAUGCUGUAGUUGCUCCUAAUCCAUCAAACUAUUCAGGACCAUUGUGUAAUGGACAUUCCUCAGAUUUCUCUAGAGACUCAUCAAGUAUGGAAACAGAAUAUUCAAAGAAAACUGAAGAGGAUGAGGAACUUCACAAUAGUAAAAACUGUGUCUCAGAUAUGCACUCCUCAGUAGUGGAUGGGGCAGGCGAAUGUUUGAUAGAUGAGGAUGAACUAUGUGUAACUGAUGGUUCAAAACUUGUUAAUAGUGUUUCCGUUGAAUCAUGUGAUGGUGAAGUAGAGGAUAUGCAGACAGAAGCAAGCCCAGAUGAUGCACCAUUUAGCAGAUGCUUGAAUGGACAGGAAGUUUUUGACAUCUUUGCUGAUACAAAACAUGCUGCUCCUGCUCGUAAACCUGACCCUGUACAUGAGAUCUGUGAUGAUUUUCCUGUCAAAAUAGCUGAUCUUGGCAAUGCUUGUUGGACGUACCACCAGUUCACUGAGGACAUCCAAACUCGUCAGUACCGUUGUCUAGAAGUGUUAAUAGGAGCAGGUUAUGAUACACCAGCAGAUAUAUGGAGCACUGCCUGCAUGGCAUUUGAACUUGCUACAGGUGAUUAUCUUUUUGAGCCUCACAGUGGAGAGGACUACACCAGGGAUGAAGAUCAUUUAGCUCAUAUAAUUGAAUUAGUAGGUCCGAUUCCAAGACAUAUAGCCCUGUGUGGAAAAUAUUCCAGAGAAUUUUUUAAUCGAAGAGGUGAACUUCGACAUAUUAGCAAACUGAAGCCAUGGGGCCUAGUGGAAGUCCUUACAGAAAAGUAUGAAUGGUCAGAGAAAGAUGCACGUGAGUUCAGUGAUUUCCUUCUUCCUAUGUUGGCAUUUGACCCUAAUGAACGAGCCACAGCAGCUGAAUGUUUGAAACAUCCAUGGCUACAGGGAGUAUGACCAGUGGCCACUCAUGGUUAGCUAUUUGUCAAUAUGUGUAUUAUUGUGUUUGAAAAUUCAAAGCUAUAAUUUGAUUAUUAAAGUAGAAUAUCAUGCACUGAACUGUACCAUCUGUUAUAUUGUGUCUUUAAGUUGGACCUGUGAAUAAUAGAGCUCUCAGCAACUAGACAAAACAAAACCAUUCUCUAUGAAGUUGAACCAUAAACUGUAUUUUGUAUGCAUAUAAAAUAUGUAUUGGAAGGUGUUUUUAGAAAGAAAUUGUAAAUACACAGAUGCCUAGGUUAUCAUGAUCGUGACAUGUAUUAUAUCUACAGAUAGUUAUUUUGGACACACUAAAGUUUUAGACAAAAUCGAAUGUUCAUUGUUUUGUACAGUAAUGCACAUUUGUCUGAAAAAGUAUGCAUGUUAAGUUAGUUUGGAUAUUGAAAAAAAAGACUUGGUUGACAUAAAAAUGGUUGGUUUACAUCAUAGAUGGAUACUAUUUUGUUCAUUUGCUUAUCAUCUCUUUUUUUUACUUAAAUGCAACCAUUUAACAUCACAUUGUUAUGUAUAUCUUAAAUUAAACUUUUUUUAGUCAUUUAAAUGAUGCUGAAAAAGAUAGCUUCUAUUUUAAAUACAAAAUUUUAAAACAAAUAUAAUUUUCAAUUGAUAAAAGCAUAUUUUCCUUAGAUAAAAGUAUCUGUGACAUCUAACAGUUAUAUGAAAAACUUGAAUAUUUUGGGUAUACACAAGAUUCAUUUAUAAAAAUUUGAGUCUGAACAAAAAAAGAAGACUUAUAUUGUUCACUUUAACAUUUUUUGUUGUCAUAGAUUUUAUAAUUCUGUCAGCUUUUGAGAUGCCCAUACCUGUUCACGUUUAUAUGUUGAAUUUUUUUCCAAAGGAGAACAAAUAAAAUUUUACAAAUAAAAUAUUAAAGAUCCUUGCAAUCCAUUGUUCUUUCAUUUACGUAGUUGAAAAAGUUGUAGGAUUCUAUUCUGGUAGUUUUAAAGUUUAAAAAAAGUAUUUUUGAUGUUGCUGUUCUUUGAUGUUUUUUUUUUUCUCAUUCAAAGUAUGUUGCUGCUUUAUUAAUUCAAUAUUUGUUUUCCAUAAAAUUCACUGAUCUGAACUUUGUAAAUUUGAGUAAGUAAAUUAUUGAUCACAUAACACAAUUUACUCCUUCAUAUCUCAGUCAUGUAGAAUAGUAAGAACUUAUGCUAUUGUGAAGACAUUUGCCUAUUUAUACUAAACAGUGCUACACAAUACUGCUUUAGUCUACUGCUCAGCUACCAGACUUUUUACACAGCAAUGUAUGGUUAGUUUUCUAGGUCUAACAUACUGUUGUUAUUUCUGCUUAGAUGUGUAAAUUGUGAAUGAAAAGUAUAUAAAGUAUUUUAAAAAUAAUUUCGAUUGCCUAAACCUCCGUGCAGGUCGCUUUAUAUCAAUUAAUAAGUUGGCAAGAAUGUAAAAAUUGUUCAGUGGUAGUUUUUUUAUUGGCACAUUUCAUAGUGUAUUGUAGGGUUACAUUUAUUUUCUAACAAGUCAUUAUUUUUCUAGAUAAAAGCUACACAAUUUUGUUACAUAUUAUUUAUAUGUAAAUAAGCAUAUAUAUGAAAUAUAGCCUACAUGUAUAAGCUUUUAUAUAGAUUAAACUAUCCCUGUAAACAAGUGUGGAAGUAUGCUUAAUAUUUGAAGUUUUAAAUGAUAAUAUAUACUGGUAUAUAUUUAUAAUAACUCUUAUGAUCAUCAAAUAUUCCCAUAACCACAAGAGCAGCUGUUUGCCUGGUUGAUUUCGUAUUUUCUCCUGCAAACAUGGUCUAGUGUCUUUGAUCUCAGAUCUCUUUCUGGUGUCCCUGGUUCUUGAGCUGCCUCAUCUUUUUACAGAAUUGAAAAGUUUUCCUAGGUUUUAAAAAAAAUUGAUUAGUAAAGCCCAGACAUUUUCCAUUUUUUUAUGUAAUACUAAUUUGAGAACUUAGUAAAUAUUUGUCUAUCAGCAUAGUUUAAUGCAAUUAAAAAGAGACUCAUUUUCCCCAAUCAAGCUAAAAAGUUAUAUCAGUUAUACUUAAAUUGUGUGUGCGCUGCAUUAUGUGUUAGUAUUUAGUAGUUUGGCACUUGUGAAGUACACAUAGGAUAAAUGAAAAAAAGAAUUUAUAACAUACUGGUACCGGUAGCUUACAAUCUGUAGGAAAUGGAACCAUUUGCUAGUUAAUUUGACUUCUUACUGUUCCAUUUGAAAAGUUAAAGCAGUAAUGGUUAACUGUUUUGGAAAUACAAAUAUGCAAUGUAAAUAAUUCUAGACAACUUGCUUGAUUACACUACCAUGCGUUAAAGCUUGCAUCAGUUUUUAUAACCAAUUUCCUGGCAAAAGGGACUAGUUUUUUAAAAUAUUGAGAAUUUCUACCACAUGAAUGUUUGGUGCUGCCAUUUCAUCUCCUUGGUGUCAAUUAUUGACUUCAUCAUGUUUUCAUGUCAGGAUAUAAAGCAUCACUUCAAGAAAAAUGCUAGAAUCAUUAUUGAGUCCAUUGUAUUAUUAAGGAGGUCACUGUCAACAUGAUCUGCUAUGAUUGCUUUUAUUGUGCUGUCAGAAUUAAUUUUUUUUUACUGGCAACCCAGUUUCUAAACUGUCCAGAUAAAACCCCAGAGUACAAAGUUACUUCCCUUACUUUUACACAUCAACCAUUGCAGAUGGCCAAAUGAAUUUUGUAACUACUGGUCACAUUAAUUUAAAACAGUCACUGUAUCUCCACUGCCAAAAAUGUUGGAUCACUGUAAUUAAAUCUUGAAUAAGUUUUUUUUGUAAACAAGGAUUAUUAAAUCAAUAAAAUCUCCACGUUAAAAUUUCCUUUGGUGAAAAUCGACAUGAAAGCUAAAACUAUCAUUUCCAUCCAUGUUAUGGUAUUGCACAACACUGAUUUUUAUACUCCCAUUGCCAUCUUUGUACAGUAAAAUGUAUGUAUAUUUGCUUGAGUUUUAUUUUGUUGUGACUACUUUAAAACUUAGGAUAGCUAUGUACUUCCUCAAUGCUAAUCACUAGCACACAAGAAAUAGGUGUUAGCAUAGUCCACAAGUUCAGUAGUGAUUAUGCUGGCUUUGUUAUUUUAUCAUAACACAGUUCAAGAAUGCUUAGUUUAUAUUACCACAUGAAUUGAGCCCAAGUUUUUUUUUUUGUCAUCUGUUUUCUCAUUCCAUAUGUAUGCAUGAGGGAUGUCCACAUCAUAGCUUUUUGAAGGGGAUGACUUACGUUUAAUUUUAUUUUUAGAUCAGUUGUAAAAAGUUGAGGCAAAGAUGAGUCCAGACAAAAUUAUAUGUUAAGUUAAUAAUCAUAUUCAUUUUAUUUAUGUCUUGGUCAUUACACUUAGAAAAAAAAAUGAGAAAAUAGAUGUUUUUCUUAAAAACUACCUCUUAUGUGAAGAAAAUGGUAGUAACAUAGGUUAUUGAAUAUGAAGUAUUGUUCAGUUCAUCCUAAUAAUUCAAAGUUAGCUAAGAAAGCCAUGGUGGCAUCUUCAUGUUUGAAAUGAGUUGGUGAACUAUCCCUGGCCAAUCCCAGACUUUGCUGCAGCUAGAUGACUCUCGUUUCUGAAAGCAGACAAACACUACGAAUAUGAUGGUGAUUUUGUAUGUAUAUGUUGAAUGCAAGCGAAGACGAGUGGUGAAUGUCUGCAAAAAACAAAAAAACCAGUCACACCAAGAAGUUUGUAUUAUUUUGUACUGACAUAUAUCACCUGUAUGAAAUGUGUGUUUCACCCCAUGAUCCUUGUGGGUAAUAAAUGAUUAUGAUUCUUG